GCCGGGCCGCCGUCUCCGCCUGUCGCUGGCUCCGCGGCUGCCGGCUCCGACGAAGCGAAGGGCGGAGGGGAGGGGCAGGCGGCGCCCAGGAGGGAGGCACCGGGCCGUAGGCCAAGCCGACUGGGGUCACAAUUUGGGUUCGCAGCAAAAAUGCUUUCAGAACAGACAGCAGCCCUGGGGACAGGAUGGGAGUCGAUGAAUGUCCAGUUGGAUGGAGCAGAGCCCCAGCUGGAAAGGGGAAGCCAAGAAGAGGGGCCGUGGAGAACAGCACCAGGGCCACUGGAACACCUGUGCUGUGACCUUGAAGAAGAGCCACACUCACUUCAGGAAAAGGCUCAGUCGGCUCCCUGGGCUCCUGCCAUUCCCCAGGAGGGGAGCACCGGAGACUGGGAGAUGGCAGCUGCACUUCUUGCAGCCGGAUCACAGGGCUUGGUAACCAUCAAGGAUGUGUCACUGUGCUUCUCUCAGGAGGAGUGGCGGAGCCUGGACCCUUCUCAGACAGACUUUUAUGGAGAAUAUGUCAUGCAGGAAAACUGUGGGAUAGUGGUCUCUCUAAGAUUUCCGAUUCCCAAGCUGGACAUGCUUUCUCAACUAGAGGGAGGGGAAGAACAAUGGGUCCCUGACCCACAGGACUUAGAGGAGAGGGACAUCCUCAGGGUCACAUAUACAGGAGAUGGAAGUGAGCAUGAGGGGGAUACCCCUGAACUAGAAGCAGAACCUCCCAGAAUGUUAUCUAGUGUGUCCGAAGAUACUGUUCUCUGGAACCCGGAGCAGGAGGAGAGCUGGGAUUCCGUGCCCAGAAACUCCAGAGGAAUGCUCCUGGGCCCACCUUUUCUUCAGGAAGAUAGCUUCUCAAGUCUUCUGUGUAGCACAGAGAUGGAUUCCCUGUUAAGACCACACACAUGCCCCCAGUGUGGGAAACAGUUUGUGUGGGGCUCCCAUCUUGCCAGACACCAGCAAACUCACACUGGGGAGAGGCCCUACAGCUGCCUCAAGUGUGAGAAGAGCUUUGGACGAAGACAUCACCUAAUCCGGCAUCAGAAAACCCACCUACAUGACAAGCCCAGCAGGUGCCCUGAAUGUGGCAAGAAUUUCCGAUGCAAUUCCCAUCUGGCCAGCCACCAGAGAGUGCAUGCAGAAGGCAAAUCCUGCAAAGGCCAAGAGGUUGGAGAGAGCCCUGGGGCUAGGAAACGGCAGCGUGCCCCACCGGUUCCAAAGUGCCACGUGUGCACUGAGUGUGGGAAGAGCUUUGGCCGACGGCACCACCUGGUGAGACACUGGCUGACCCAUACUGGGGAGAAGCCCUUCCAGUGCCCUCGCUGUGAGAAGAGCUUUGGCCGUAAACAUCACCUGGACAGGCACCUGCUCACCCACCAGGGACAAAGUCCCCGGAGCAGCUGGGACAGAGGGACAUCCAUCUUUUGAAAUCUGUUUUCUGCUGUAGCUGUGCUCACAUCUAUCAGCUGGUGCUACCAGGAGUCUCUGCCAGAGCUGCCCCUCUCCUGUCCCCAGUGCCAGGAUCAUGAGCCUUGGCCUUAUCCCUAAAGAUGAGGUUCCAGCAUUGGCGAGAGCAUUCCUCACCAGUUCUAUGAGAUACCACAUAAAAUAGAAUUCUUUGGGCAAAACUUUUGGGAAACAGUGCUUAGUACAUGGGCUGAAAUUCAGCCUGAGCCCAUUCUCAAGGGUAGUGGUACCAGUGGUUUAUGGCUGAGAUCCAUUCUGAUUGGUUGGAGCCUGUGCCAUACCAGUUGUUAAAUAUUUUGAGUAUCACCAUUGUAUAUCAUAACUGUUAUAUUCUCUUUAUAUAUAUGUCUAUAUAUAUGGGGAGAGAGAGAGAGAGACCAUGUUGGCAUAUUAAAGGCUCUGAAAAUUUAUGCAGUAGAGCAAAUUGUUAAGUCUCUUACUGCAGUGUUUCCUAACUGUAUUUGACCUCAUUGUUCUUUCUAUCUGACAUCCCACAGAACUGGUGACUCCAACGAACACUCUAGUGAACACUAGGUUAGAGUAAUGAGGAAAAAAGAAAAAGCCCUCAUUUUUUAUCCAAAUGAAAGCGGAGGGGUAGAUCGCAUUCCUGUGCGGGUCCAUCACCUUUACCCCAUCAUCCAAAUAGACAUCCACACCUCUCACCUCACCUGCCCAAAAAUAGGAACAAUAACCUUUUCACCCCUUAUUUCUACUCCCUUUAUCCUGCACAUACAUAUAUCCAGCUAAGAGAUCAUACUACCAUGCUACGGGAUGGACCUUAUAUACCCCCAAGUAAUCCAGACUCACACAGAAGAAAAAACUUUUCCGCUUGGACAGUCCCCUCUUCUCUUGAUUGUGUCUUUAUGUGUCUGUGUGUAUCUGUGUACAGGGUUUUUGAAGAGAGCAUGCAAAGUGCAAACUGUAAAAACUAAAUUUUCUAGGGGCUGUGUUCUGGUGAUGAGGGUAGUGGGGAUUGUAUGGGGUUUUAUUUUGUUUCAAGAGAGGAAGUAAGCUGAGCAAUUAAGGGAGCCUAGUGGAAAGGGUUAAGUGAUGGGUCAUAUUGUGGGAAUUGAAGUAUAAAGCCUUCUUGAAUGUCACUGAGAUCAAGACAGCUGCACAUACAUGUUUAGGUCUCAAUCUUUGGUCCAUAGAUUCUAUUUCCCUGGGUAGAGAGAGCAUGAAGCAUCAUCUGUGAGGUGAGCUGUUCUUUUUGCAUUCAAGCAAAAUGCAUAUAGAGCUCUGUGCUGAGUGAUUUUUUUUGUUUUUGUAUCUGGUCUUGUUGUAAGUGUUGGGAAAUUAGGGCAGGAAUCACAGUGUUUACAGGUUGUUGUCAUUAUUCUUGUUUGACUUUGAUUGCCUCAUCAAGGGGACAGUUAUUCUUGAGGAUCUCUUCUUCUCUGAAACAGAACUUCAGGGGAAAUGGCUGUGGUUUAGCUUUUCAGCUGAUGCAAGGUAAUGAGCUUUCCAUUUGAUUUUCCUCACAAAUCUGGAAAGGUGUGUACACUAAGAGUCUUAACUCCAGGACUUGCAUAAGUAUUCUAGCAUCUGUUAGUUGGUGAGUUGGUCAUUGUUUCUCUUUAUUGAUCAUGUGUUAAUACCGAUCUUAUAAUUUAAAAAUUAUCUUGUAUGCAAGAACAGUUUAGGGUUAGGGAGGGAGAGGAGUAAAGAGGGUAAAAGUGGGUAUUUUCUCUUUAAUGCUUAGAUUCUGGUUUUUCCUUAACACACUAAUUUUUUAACUGCAGUUGGUGGAAUUAACCAGAGAGGAAAGAAGGAAGUGAGGUGCAACCAUCUUGUUUAAUAGGCAUUUGCUUAGGAAAAUGGGGUGAAUCAUGGCUCCUCAGAGUCCUGGACCCAAAAGGAGCUGGAAAUAGGGCCACUUUGCUGAAUGGAUGUCUUAGAGUGGAUAUGACUUGAUCAACCCAGUCCCUGCCUUCCUUCUGCACUCAGAGCAGUCGUUCCUUUGCCUGGAAUGCACUUCUCUUGUUUAUGUUCCUACGAAUAGAGCAAAACGACCAGCCCUUUGUAAGGCAGUCCCAGGUCCUCAGAGACAGGAGUAUUUUAGGAUCAGUGUUAGGAAAUGCCCCAAAGAAUAGGAAAGUACUGCAUUCCAGUGGUAAAACUGGACUAUGCCAUUUCUCUUACCUUCCCACUAUGCCUCAUUCAUUCAUGCAAAUCAGCUAUAUUAAGCAAUGGUUCAAAACCUGUUUUGGAUCACUGAGAUCAAGACAGCUGCACAUGUAUGUUUAGACUCUGAUAAAAACCAGGAACUCAUUUAAAAAACAAACAAACAUUAACUAUUCACUCAGUUUUUCAUACUGAGUCAAAGAAAGGGAGUCAAAGAAAGGGAGCUACCCUGACCCAAUAUGGUCAUUAUAUAUAUGUGUGAAGAAUUACAAGGCAAGGGUCAGUUAAUAGUUUAAUGAAUAAGAUACCAGAGGCAGUAGGGUAUAAAGAUAGAGUCUGGUCUUUAAUGACUAGAGGGUAUUGCUUACAGUCUAGUUUAUAUAUUUUUUCAAAAGCUAUGCUGACAAACCCAGCUCCUCACAAACUUUGUUUUAAAGACUUGUAGGAGACUACUCUCCGUACUAUCAGAUCACACCUCUUAAUAAUCAGAGAUUACCCUCCAGCCUUUGAUCUGUUUUAGUAAUUGUAAGGAUAGAAAGUGAAGCCCCUGAAGUGAAGAUGCAGUCAUAGUGCACAACUGAAAGGCAUCAUGGCGUCUAAUGGCCUUCUCCAGAAGGGGCAUCCUUCUAGGUCAUUUCUGGUGUACCAUUGUCUUCUCUACCUCGGUCCAACACCAUUUCCCUUGGAUAAAAAAAUAAAAUAAACAACAGCCAUUGGAUGGGUGAAUAGAUUUGAAUGAUUCUUCCCACAGGAAUCAGCCUCAAACUCCCAUCUUUCUCCCAACUCCCUCUGCCACAUGUCCAUCCUACCUACAUUAAAUAAAAAAUGUCUGUGUUCUCUCUGGGCAAAAUGUAAAAUAGAGAAGUCCCAUAAGGAAUCUGUUGCCUUUUCCCCUCCGUGCUGCCUCUGCUCUAUUCAAGGCCCAAGUAUGUUCCCUUUUUCAUCCCAUCAGAGGAUCUCUGUAAAGAAUCCCUUACACAGGAGAAUGUGACUCAAAGUGUUAGCUUUACCCAGAUCUAUUUACAUUUUAAGUGUUAGUUCUGAUAGUCAAAGUGGGAGGAAAAGCUUUUCCCCUGUUAAAAUGAUGUUACGCCUUUAGAGAACUGAAAGGGUGAUAAAUUGGGACAAAGUCCUUCCCUUUCCAGCAAUCCUGCAAUUAAGUCACUGUUUCCUAUUUCUAUCAAGGGCAAGGUGAGCCUUGCCUCAGAACCACAGGUGCUAGAAGAUAGGUUCUUUCCAUCUCUGCAUGGGGGUAAAUGGGGCUGGGCAAUAACAGAAAAGUGAAACCUAUUCCCUUAGACCCCUUUGAGAACCCAAGCUGGCAAAAUUUAUUUCCCACGGAGCGCUCUACGGGGCCGAGCUCUCAAAAUGUGUGGUCUUUGGACUAACAGCAUCAACAUCGCCUGGGAACUUGUUUCAGAAAUGCAAAUGCUCAGGCUCUACACAGACAAAUUGAAUCAGAAACUGUGAGGGUGAAGCCUAGCAAUCAGUCUUUUAACCUGCCUUCCUGGAACUCUGAGAUAUGCAAAUACUUGAGAACCACUGGCCUAGAGAUUGAAAUUCCAUUUCAGUCAGUGGAACCUCACCCUCUUUAAACGGGGAGAAAGGAAAUCUUUACACCUGUGAUCAGGUUGAUUUUCUGCAACCUUGCUAGGCUAGUAGCUUUUCGGUUCUGUUCCUCCUGAGUCCCAGGGUCUCCCCCUACUCUUCACUCAGUGAAAGGACUGGCUCAAGCACCAAUUUCAGAAAACGGUGAGGCAACUACCAAGCUGCUGUGAUUGGAGCUGGAGCUUCUAAAAUGGGCACUGAGGAUUUGUGGGUCCAGAAAUCUGAAAGGACAAAAAGGAGCAGACACAUCAAAGAAGGGAAAUCCAGUGUAAAACUGAAAAACUGACAUCCAAGGAAAUGGUCCUCCUUUGCUAGUUAUGUGGUCAUUUUCCAGAUCUAAUAGUUGCCCUGGAGGUGGGCAGGGUGGGCAUUUAGCACAGAGGUAGGGAGUAAGUCCGACUGUUAGAAGCCCUUAAGAACCCAAGUUUUCCAACUUCACAAUGCAUUGCAGAACAAUAAGGUGCUGUGCAAGGAAUUUCUAACCAUGGUUUGGCCUACUCAUGAUUUGGCAGCAGGAGCACCAGGGAGUCCCCAGAACACAAGAGGGAACCAGGCUCGUUUAGUAAGAUGUGAUGACUCAAGUGAGAUUUGAACUCAGACUCUUCACUAGGUAGAGGUUGUAACCAAUU